AUGUCGAAAUUUGAGUCAAUAUUCCAUCGCUUGAUAUUGGCAUUCCCUGAUGAAAGCAGGAGAUCAAUCAAAGCAGCGGCAAUCAUCUUGAAUAUCGGACGUUUGAUGCCACCAAGUUAUGUUUAUCCAUUACCUCCGUUGAGCACAAGUGAAGAACGUUUGGAGUUUAUACGAUUCAUUUUGAAAAAGGAAGUUGGUUUUGAUUAUACCUGUAAUGAAAUUUUGGGUGCUCAUAACGUUCUGAUGGGCGACCAUGAAGUACAAGUGGAAUUAAAUUUUGAUCUCGUUGCUGAUAAAUUAUAUAAUUACUUGAAUGAAUACAAAUAUCUUCAACCUAAUUCUGAAUUCGCAAAGAAUUUCACACCUCUUUUGCUUUUCCCUCAUCGAACUGUUUGUACUCGGUGUAAUUGUCAUUUGAAGAUUUUAUUUCAAUCCCGUGCGCAAGUCAUUUAUUGCACAAAAAUUCAACCUUGUCUUCUAUAUAAAGCAGAUUGUUACCAAUGCCGAAAAUCUUAUCGAGUAUCAUCAGUUUAUUUAAUGGAUGAAAAACAAACGGUUAUAACAAUAGAAUCACAAAAAUCAGAUUAUAUACACUUUUCUGGAUCGCUUAUCUUCGCGAAAGAAAUUCUAGUUAUGUUCUCAUCUGAAUUAAUAUGCAACUAUGCCACAUUUGAAGGUUUUGCUUCCUCUGUCAUCAAGACUAUCUCAAGGAUCAAUCCAGAUCAUGAGGGUAGAAUUGAGGUCGAAACUCUAGAACGUAAUUUAGAAGCGGUAUGGUUGUAUUAUGAAUUGGCCAAUUUUGUAUUGAUGACAAGUAAAUCGACAGAGAUCUCUUUUCCUUAUGCAAUGAGCGAAGGUCGAACGAAAGUCAAAGGUGAACCAUCAUCACGUGCAAUAUUCGUUGAAAGAAAUAUCAACUGGAUUUAUCAUGUUUUUACUGUGUUCUGGUCUAAUCAUGAGAAAAUAUUUGGUAGUUGCAAAUGUGGAAAUUGUUCGCGGGUAAUGGUGAUCGAUGGACAUCAAAAACCGCGUCGAUUGGUGUGCAACUAUGAUAAUGUAUCAAGUAUCAUUAAUGUGGAAGAACUAGGACCAAUAAACAAAGGGUGUCCUUAUCCGCCAAGAAGAAGAAAGUCGGCCAUUGCAGAAUCAAAUGAUGGUGAGUGGUAUUACUGUGAUCAUCAUCGAACCAAACACGGCGAAGAAACAUCAAUUGAAACGAAAAUGUCGGACAUCGAAUUGACAAAUUAUCUGAAGUACUUAAAAGAACUUGACCGAGAUGAAGCACAAUGUAAUGUCGGUCGAAAUGAUAUGGAGGAGCGAUUCGAGACAAAAAAGAGAUCAAUGGGAUUUAUUUCCUCUUUCUUGAAUUGUGGAAUCAUAAUUGGCUUUUCCGAUGCUGUGAACCAUGAAGGGCCUCGUAAAGUUACAGAUCAUUUAUUAACAAUGCUCAAACUUGGGGCGAAACUACCAUCAUUAGUCGUAUAUGAUGCGGCCUGUCAACUGCAUAAGUUCUGGGCUUUCAGAUUUGGUACACAGUUUAUGAAAAAAACAAAAUAUUCCCAACAGUUGAUGGAUAUGAAACUAGUUACAGAUAGGUUUCAUAACACUGUACACACUUCUAAAUUAUGUAAAACUCAGUUUAAUCCUGACUCUGAAGAAAAUAAAAGUCUUUUUAUCGGUGUCAAUACGAGCAUAGCUGAACAAACAUUCUCCUACCUAACCAAUUUCAAAACGACUUUACGAAGUUUUUCUUAUCCAACAUCAGCCCUAUUUACAAUCCUGUUAUUCCAUUUGAAGAAUUGCGACAAGUUAAAGCAAGAUCCCAGUCAACAAGGUCUUGUCAUCGGAAGUCAUUUAGAAGAUGAUAUCAAAGAUCGAACAUCUUAUGAAAGUUAUUGUAUUUUUGAGACGUUACUGAUUGAAGAGAAAACCGAACAACAGAAGUUCGUCAGUGACGAUGAGAACGAUGAAUAG